CCUUCCGCCCAUCUCCCCCCACCCACACACCCUCCCACCCCUGAUAGUGCCAUCGCUUGGCUGCAAAACAAAGAUGUAAUGAGGAAGCGGUAUAAAUUCGCUCCGCCAGGCGGCGGCUGGAGGCAGAAGCUGACGAGCGUGGAGAGAGCGAGUGUCUGACGCUGUCUGACGUCGUGUCUAACGCUGCACGUUACUACUGGCCCGUCAAGUGCGCGUGCCGCCUGCUCAUUCAGUGUGUGACGUGUGUGCGGUCCAUCUCGCGGUCCGGCAGCUUGUGACAUCACACGGGCUCUCCAUCUGCAAGUUGCGGUGCCGCCGUACCACCCACCUCCCCGGCCACUGAGGUCACUGGUCACUGUGCUGUGGGUCAAAGGUGGCGCCAGCUCUACUCCAAGACACCGAGUGCUGCUGGUCGUACACCGAGGUCUUGCUGUGUCACAGCCAGUGUGGAUUCUAGACACUGUGAGUGGUGCUUGUCUCACACCCACUAGCCUGCUGACCCCGCGUGUGGGCGCUACCCGUGGUAAGUAAACUGUAAACGUUGUCACCCGGGUACUGACAACAGACGUCACCUGGCCUGGUGAAGGAGAAGUUGGAGAUAGUCUGCUGACGACUGUUCACAUCCACUUGACUGCCGCAGCCAGCACAGCUGUGUUGUUCUACAAGACUUGGUGCUUCUGUUGGGAACUAUAUCCUGUUGCCAUGGCGACCCGAGUAGCUUCAAAUCUUGGCUGCCGACGUUUGGUCUUCUGCUACUUCUGGUGUUUACGGAGGAGAGCCAGGCCUCUCCCUUCCUGCGCUCGCCAUUCUCCAAGGAGCUGUGGCCCUACCUGCGGAUGAGGUGCGACCUGAGGUGUCCACACGGGUACCUGACGGAUGUCGAGGGCAACUACGUCUGCGUCUGCUACAACCCCUGUGAGAAUGUCCGCUGCUUCGGCAAGACGACCUGCGUGGUGGACACACCCAAGAACUGUCACCUGGAGGACCACUGCCGACCUCGGGCCAUGUGUCGAGAUGACUUGCACCAUGAACCCUCUUCCCAAACUCUGGGCCCGGCCCAAAAUGAUGACGCCACAACUACGUCAUCAGAAGCCUCGCGACCCCAGCUCUGCUUUCUUCCGGUAUCCGAGGAAGCCAAGAAAUGUCGUACUCUGCGCAUGCGCUGGUUUUUUGACGUCACGACCGGUGCUUGCAAGGAGUUCGCUGGCUGUCGAGAAAAGGGAGGCAACAACUUCAAGAAGAGAAAAAGCUGCGAAAAGACAUGCGCUCUGCCCAAGCCCUCCACUAAGUCUCAAGACGUCACGCCAGAAGAGAAGGUGGCAUCAGACUGCUCACUUCCGGUGGUUCACGUGGCGACAGGGUGCAGAAAGGUUCACAAACGUUGGUACUUCGACCCCACGAAGGCCUCGUGCCAAAGGUUCGAUGGCUGCGAGACGCCCGGCAACAACUUCAGAACGAAAAAGCAAUGUAAACACGUUUGCACCAGCAAGAGGAAGUUGACCAGGGUCAAAGACAACACGAGCCGGAGGCGCUCCCGUCACCAGUGAGCUGUUCACAGGCUGCGGACAUGAGCAGAAGUCUUGUUCCCCCAUCCUUCCUCCUGAUGCAGACGUCACAGAAGUCGCAUGACGUCACCAGCAGAAGCAGUUUCCUUCAUUUUGUGUGGCGUCAGACGCCAGCGGUGGUCACUGACUGGGUGAUGGUGGCUCCUCCUGGUGUCGGCCUCACCCACCCGCUGUCAACAGUCACAGAACAUUGGUGUGUAGUGUACCCGCUGUCUAGCAGUGAACACUGUAGUUUGUUGUCUGUGUCCACCCCGUGUGUGUCGUCACUACCCACACCACCCCGCGUGCUGUGACGUCAGUCCUGCUGACCGCUCGGGUGGAGGGCUGAUGCCAGGCCCAUGGUUCGUUCUGAAGACGCACAGGAAACACAAUCAUUGGACCCGCCGAGACAAUUACUUCCUGGCGGUCUUGGUCAUCCCACGCCCACUGUCGCCAUUGUUCUCAACAGACAGAUGACUGAAAGACUUGCUACCUGUGCAAGGUGGCGCUGCUAGCUUCCUAGGCAAGGUGGCGCUGCUAGCUGCUGCAGACUGAACGUGUAGUCGGGACACCCGGCAUGGCUGGACAUGGGAAUUGUUACGAGUGUUGUGACGUACUCAGACACCGGCGCACAACCCGACUCGGCCGCUCAUUGGCCAGCUGCAGGACACUUCCGGCCACGUGGCUUGACCAAUCAGCGUUGAUUAUCGUUGUAAUGCUGACAACGGACAGGGCACAUGUACCUCGACUGGGACACGUCAGCAAUGGACAAAAGUGCGAGAAGGUCAAGUCGCCAUGAUGGUACUUUGUCGGUUGUUGACAUAGACACACGUCAUCGGACCUACUUCCAGUACUGCUCGGCGAGUUAAUACACCAAGGCGUGUGAUGACACCUUUUAUGACGUCACUUCUGGCACAAAAACAAGUCCAGACAUGUAGAAGUGAUGACGGUGUCCCGGUUUCCCGGGCUUUCUCGUGACGUGUUUGGCACUAGACGAGAUGUGUGUAGCUGAUGACGUAGCGGCAUGUCUGGCGCUGAAGCUAAUGGCUAGGUACGAGUAUUCACGUUAUAUUGUGGAUAGACAGGAACUGUUUUGUUUUCCUUCUCCCUUUGUCUCUUUUAAAAUUUUCACAGAUUUUAUGAAUUUCCGGUUUCACACGCCAGACAAAGUUGUCUGCCCUCAUUACAAUGUUUCUCCAAUCCUGUCUUUGUGUACACGUGGCAGCGUGUGACGUCACAACGGCUAUCCACAGUCACUGGUCACACGACUUUGUGGUGUUGGUUGGAUGGAAGAUGUGUUGCAAUAUAGGGCAAUGUCGUGUGUAGAUGAGAGGAAGUGCGCAUGUCUGUGUCCUCGGCAUGUCUCGGUGAGUGAGAGCAUGUAUUUGCGCAUGCGUGCGCAGCUGUUUCCAAACCGUAUUGUGAUGAUGCCAGAUCACUCCAUGUGUGUGUCCUUCGCUGCUUAUUGCCAGUCAAAUUAUUUUAUUUAUUGUAGUUGUCUAGCGGCAAUACAGACACGCCAACAAUCCUCCUCUCGGUCUUCACGUCCUCAGCUGACGUCAUCCAAAACCAGUUGUUAGCACCUUUGCCGUCAGCCAUUAGCCACCGGACACCAGGGAUUUCUGUACCACCCUGUGUCAGGACAGGGAAUCACGUGACUAGACACAGAAAUAUAGAAUUAUCUACAUUUGUCGCCCUGUGCAUGAACACUACUCAGCCUGCGUCAACAUCACGAGUGUGUCACGUGGCACACGACCAGUCCGGUGCUUGGCUUCCUCUUCCUUCCCACUAACGAACUUUUUUACUGCCUAAUCUUAAAUUGUACAUUUAAAUUUUAAAUUCAUUUAGUGCGUUGUCUUUCGGUGUUUUUUUGGUCUUGAUGUUAACAUAUGAGGAGCAGUUCAACAGACUUCGUCACAGACUUGUUGACGACUGUCAGUCUGCUCACAUGUUUCAUGAUUGCUAGUCUGUUCAGAAAGCUCAUGAUUGUUAUGAUUACAAAAGGUCAUAGUCAAGAGAGAUAAAUCUGUUACCUUGACUACAGGGUUGACGUCACACUGUAUCAUCAGGUCAAAUGGACUCUUCAGCCAUAACUCACUUCAUUUCCUUUUUGUUUCUCAACUUUCCUGUUUUAUUUAUCUGCUGUAACCAUUGCUCACAGCUGUCAGAAAACAUUUCCAAUUAGCUCCUAUGAACACGUUGGCGUGCGCACACACACACACACACACACAAACACGCACAAACACACACACACACACACACGCACGAUCCAUGAUAAGCUGGCAGGCCAAGCUUCAGUAAGUACGAGACGUUGACGUGGAAUUAGCCUCGUUAGCCCUGACUUUGUUGGUGUUCAUACUGUUCAUACUUUGUUGGUGUUCAUACUGUUCAUACUUUAUUGUGUUCAAUAAUGAGGUUACACACGUUGUUGCCAUGGCGACUGCAGGUUAAAACAUUCUUGCAAAGAAGACCUGGAGUUGUUUGUCUGU